GGUUCAUUGAUUCAGCGAGUCAACAACAAUGUCCGAAUGAUACCCUUCUGUUCGUUUCGUGGCAAAGAAUGAACGAGAUUCGACUCAAAAGAACGAUUCGUUAACGUCGCUUAUGUUACCCUUUAAAGCAGAGAAAAGUUUGGUAGGUGGAUCCUUUGAGGUGGUUUUUAAUGUAUCCCCUUCACGAUAUUACAGAAACGCAUGCCUUCAGUCCAGUAGAGAGCGGUAGUGAGCCAGCUACCGAGCUGCAUCACAGAAACUAUAUUGUUGUGCGCAUGCGCAGUAGCACCAGAUGUGUCCCUUCUUUUGUGUCAUGUAAUAAUCUUCUCCAGAAGAGCACAUGAGCUGAAGACUGUAAUAUGGUGACAGUUCCAAGCAACUGCCCUACUGUACCGCUGUCCAAUGGACGCAACAUUCCCAUUCUGGGUUUAGGAACAUCUCAUGAUGGAGGUUACAGCCAUGAAGCAGUGCUCUGUGCUCUACAGGAGUGUGGCAUAAGGCAUAUAGAUACAGCCAAGCGUUAUGGUUGUGAAGAGGCUUUGGGGAAAGCUGUGGUUGAUAGUGGAGUACCACGAGAGGAGCUCUGGAUCACCACCAAACUAUGGCCUGGAGAUUACGGCUACCAGAGCACCAGAAAAGCCUGCCAGGACUCGUGUGCCAGGCUGGGGGUUGAUUAUUUAGACCUUUAUCUGAUGCACUGGCCGGACUGCAUGGUUCCAGGCGUCUCCAGCCGUGAGGUUCGAGCAGAGACGUGGAGAGCUCUAGAGGAGCUUUAUGAUGAAGGUUUGUGUCGUGCCAUCGGAGUGAGUAACUUUCUCAUACACCACUUAGACGAGUUAAAGGAUCGUUCUGGAAUUGUGCCUCAUGUUAACCAGGUGGAGUUUCAUCCCUUCCAGCAGCCACUGGAGCUGGUUGAAUAUUGCCGGAAGGAGAAUAUUGUUUUUGAAGGCUACUGUCCUUUGGCCAAAGGUCAAGCUCUCACUCAUCCAUCAGUCAUGGAGAUCGCCCAGAAACACGGCCGCAGCGCGUCACAAAUAUGCAUACGCUGGAGUAUCCAGAAUGGAGUUGUCACAAUUCCAAAGUCCACCAAACCAGAAAGGGUCCGUGAAAACUGCCAAGUUUUUGGAUUCACACUAACAGCAGAAGACAUGGACCGGAUUAGAGAUUUACACACCAAUCAGAAGCUGAUUCAUCUCACUUAUCCAAUCUGGAAAGGAUAACCUAGCAAUCAGAAUGCAGGAUCAUGAUGUCCUGAACUCACUGUGAAAGGAACGCUUUCUUUAGAAAAUGAAAUCAAGGGAUUCAGUGAUUUGCAUGCUGCUGAUGUCACACAUGCUGUGCCUUUUGAAAACUGGUACUCGGGGGUGUUGAGACUUAAUAUUUGUUAUGGUCUUAAUAGUAACAAUUAGUACGGAGAGCAAUUUUGUGUGAAAACUAACUGCUAGUUACACUUCAUAUCCUCAAACAUCAGAUGUGACAGAACCACUGGUAAACACAGUCAAGUUGACAUUUAAUACACAUUGUAUUAACUGUUAUGACAUGUUCUCAUUUCCCCUAUGAAUUGUUUUCUGUUAUGCUGAAAUGUGUCAAAUUGUUGGUUAAAGAGUUUCUCAGAAACCGCUCCGGUGAAACCAUAAUAAAUGGAGCCAGCACACAUCUUUAUAGCAGUGUUACCAAUAUUGUUUAUUCCAUCCCUCUCAUUUAGAGUCAUUGUUGAACACAAGUUACAUUUUCUUCAAUAUCACAGGUUUCUGUUCAUUUUUUAUCUUGUCCUCUUAACAUCCAGUUUCACCUCCCUCUCUCAUUUUAAACAAACAAAAAAGCAGAUUGUAUUAUACAAAAAUGCAAACCAAUUUUCACACAGUGAAUUCUUUUACAAAGUCAUAAAAUGGCGUAAUAAUGGCUACAUCCACAUUGGAGUAAGA